GGGAGGGGGGCCGUGCCGCCGCGGGCGGAAUGCCGGCCGCGCCAUGCAGGCGCUCACGGACAUGGAGCUCGCGCGACUCGAGCAAGGCGGGCCCAGGCACGGCGGCAGCCUGCUGUCGCUACACACCAGCCUGCCGUCGAGGACGUCGCUGCUCGGCAAGCCACUGAAGGUGGGCACCCACCCCAGGGACGCAAAGUACCGCAAGAAGCAGACCUUCAUGUACAAUUUCCUCGAGAGGCCACGUGGAUACAGGGCAGCCGCGUACCACAUCUUCCUACUGAGCGGUCUUCCACUUUAGUGGACGCUCCCAAUGUGCGAUAUCCAACAACACCUCGCCGAUGCCCACGGUGUGGAGGAAGGAAUAAUAGAAACGUGAAAUAUGUGCCAGCCAUGAUGGAUACACCUGAAGUGUGUCAUGAAUAAGCAACAUAAACGAUGCAGGGAGGAUUUUCUUCCCUUCAUCCUGUUUUCAUUUGAGCUGGUACGCUUAUACAUAUGAAAAAGAAAUAUUGCUGUAGGACGAUGGUGCAUACAGCUUCUUUUUUCUCUCUUCUUUGGGAAGACUGAUGUGGGCAGUACUUCUGCGACCUGCAAGACUUUUCUGGGUGGAAAUAAAGUGUCAUCUUUUGUUUGA